GUAAUUUUCUAAACCUUAAUGCCCCAACCUUCCCUCUCUACUCUCUUCUGAGUUUACUGCAUCUUCUGCUUCUUCACCAUCCAUUUCCCCGCCACGAAACAUCUUGCCGCUGAUCUUGUCAACGCCCCCUUCACAUUUCGUCGUCGUCGCCUCCGCCGCCGCCGCUACUAGAUUUCGCUGCCACCUGCCCCUCGCCACCAAAUUGUUGGGGUAACUUGUGCAGAAAUUGGCAGCAGUGGCCUUGGUGUUUGCAUUAGUUUCAAAUGGGUUGGAAGGCUGCUGAAAAGCUUAUUAGGCACUGGAAAAUUCUUAGAGGAGAUAAUGUGAUGAUCAUUAGAGGCAAGGAUAAAGGAGAAACUGGUGUUAUUAAGCGUGUCAUUCGCACUCAAAAUCGGGUUAUUGUUGAGGGUAAAAACCUGGUGAAGAAACAUAUUAAACAAGGACAAGGUCAUGAAGGUGGAAUCUUUACGGUUGAAGCUCCUCUCCAUGUAUCCAAUGUUCAAGUUGUUGAUCCAGCAACAGGGAAGCCUUGUAAGGUUGGUGUUAGAUAUCUUGAAGAUGGUUCUAAAGUACGAGUUUCAAGAGGAAUUGGAGCCUCAGGAUCUAUAAUCCCUCGUCCAGAAAUCUUAAAGAUAAGGACUACUCCCAGACCUACAGUUGCUGGUCCUAAGGAUACUCCAAUGGAUGUGGUACUGGAGAAAAGUUAUGAUGCUAAAACCGGGAAGGGCAUGCCUGACCUUUAAAAGUUACAUCCAAUCAAUUCAGAAGACAUUUGUUGAUGCAUGGGCGGCAGCUUGCUUGUAUUUCAUUUUCCUCGUUUGUUAUGUUCGUUUAUUUUAGAUUAACAUUCUUGCGUACUUUAGAAGGAAUGACCCUGAUCCUUUGAUGGUUAUGAUAAAAGGGAAAUAAUUUUGUGUCAAAUAUAUUUGCUCUUUCCGAG